ACCGGGUUCUGUGUCUAGUGUCAGUAGCUCCCAGCUCAAGGCGCAUGCUCCGAAAUCCAGUCUCAGCCCCUGCUGCUGUUGCUGCUGUUUGGUUGCUUUUGCUUUGGCUGUCGGGGCUCAGUUUAAUAAGAGGGAGAGAGAGAAAGAGAAAGAGAGAGAGAGAUAGAGAGAAAGAGAGAAGAAAGAGAGAGAUAUAGAAGCAGACUGAGAUUGAGAGAAAGAGAGAAAGCGAGAGAGACAGAGAGAGAGAGACAGGGCAAGGGGAGGGGGGGUAAAGACAGAGAAUGUCCGCCAUCUACCCUCUUCUCCUAGGCGCACUCUCAUUCAUAUCAGCUUCUUCAUGAAUUACAGCUGAGAAGGGGAGGGUGGGGGCGGGGGGGAGUCGGGGUAGCAAAAAACACCCCAGCAAACCUCCGGGCCCCCAGGCAUGGCCAGCUCGCCGCUGCAGCAGCCGGGAGCAGAGUGUGUACUGUACAGGGCGGACUCUCAGCAGUAGCGGCACCGGAGGCGGGCGCCGCAGUCGCCGCUAGGAUGUGUGCUGUUCAGGUGAAGCUGGAGCUAGGGCACCGAGCCCAGGUUAGGAAGAAACCCACCGUGGAGGGUUUUACCCACGACUGGAUGGUGUUUGUUCGCGGACCCGAGCACAGUAACAUUCAGCACUUUGUGGAGAAAGUCGUCUUUCACUUGCAUGAAAGCUUUCCUAGGCCAAAAAGAGUGUGCAAAGAUCCACCUUACAAAGUAGAAGAAUCUGGGUAUGCUGGUUUCAUUUUGCCAAUUGAGGUUUAUUUUAAGAACAAGGAAGAACCUAAGAAAGUCCGCUUUGAUUAUGACUUAUUCCUGCACCUUGAAGGCCAUCCACCUGUAAAUCACCUCCGUUGUGAAAAGCUAACUUUCAACAACCCCACAGAGGACUUCAGAAGAAAGCUGCUGAAGGCAGGAGGGGAUCCCAAUAGGAGUAGCCAUACAAAUAGCAGCAGCACCAGUGGUAACAGUUUCUCAAAACCUCACAAGUUAUCAAAGGAGCACAAGGAAAAACCUCCUAAAGACUCAAGAGAACAUAAAAGUGCCUUCAAAGAACCUUCCAGGGAACAUAACAAAUCUUCCAAAGAAUCCUCUAAGAAACCCAAAGAAAACAAACCACUAAAAGAAGAAAAAAUAGUUCCUAAGAUGGCCUUCAAGGAACCUAAACCCAUGUCAAAAGAGCCAAAACAUGAAAGCAGCUUACUUACCAUCACAGGGGGGCAACAGCAAGACAAAAAAGCCCCCAGUAAAAGGCCCCCUGUUUCAGAGUCUGAGGACCUUGCAGCCAAAAAAAGGAAAAAAAGCAGUUCGGAGGCUUUGUUUAAAAGUUUUUCUAGUGCCCCACCACUGAUACUUACUUGUUCGGCUGAGAAAAAACCUACAAGAGAUAAAUCUCAUGUCAAGAUGGGAAAGGUAAAAAUGGAAGGUGAUACAUCAGAGAAGAAGAAAUCAACUUUACCCCCCUUUGAUGAUAUUGUGGAUCCCAAUGACUCUGACAUGGAGGAAAACAUGUCCUCUAAAUCUGAAGGACAUCCUGCAGAUCUUUCAGAAGAUUUGGAAAAUCCUGAUUGGAAGAUGAGAGAGUCUGAACAACCUAGUCCAGCCAGUUCAAGUUCAAGCUCAAGUUCCAGCUUUACUCCAUCCCAGACCAGACAACAAGGUCCAUUAAGGUCUAUAAUGAAAGAUCUGCAUUCUGAUGACAAUGAAGAUGAAUCAGAGGAAGCAGAUGAAAAUGAUAAUGACUCCGAAAUGGAGAGACCUAUAAAUACCCGAGGAGGCAGUCGGAGUCGAAGAGUUAGCUUAAGCGAUGGCAGUGACAGUGAAAGUAGUUCUGCCUCUUCUCCUCUACGGCAUGAACCCCCACCGCCUUUAUUAAAAACCAACAGCAACCAGAUUCUUGAAGUGAAAAGCCCAAUAAAGCAAAGCAAAUCUGAUAAGCAAAUAAAGAAUGGGGAUUGUGACAAGGCAUAUCUAGAUGAACUAGUAGAACUCCAUAGAAGGUUAAUGACAUUGAGGGAACGGCAUGUACUUCAACAGAUUGUAAACCUUAUAGAAGAAACUGGACACUUUCAUAUCACGAAUACAACCUUUGACUUUGACCUUUGCUCUCUGGAUAAAACCACAGUUCGUAAACUACAGAGUUACCUGGAAACAUCUGGAACAUCCUGAGGAUACAGCAACUGGAUACAUCGAAAACUAUCGGGGCUCCUAUUAUUUUUUUUUUGGUUGUGGUUUUUUUUUUUUUUAAUAUGAAACACUCAGAAUGAUGCAACCAAAAGGAAAAAAAAAUAAAAAUGAAACAACCCUCUUCAGCUUUAUUUUUCUUUAAAGCCAGUCAUCAUCUCUUGAUAAAGGAGAGGUUAAGUGACAAGACUCAGAGGAUCGCUCUUCUUACCAAGAAAAUACUCCAGAAGAGUUAGCCUGGAUAGCCUCGAAAAAAAAAAUUCAAAACAAACAAAAAAAAACUCGUUCUUAAUGAAUGUGUUAUGGUAUCAUGUAUCUCUCUGUGGGGUUCCAUUCCACAAGAUGAAUACAUGUUCAACACACUGCCUUAUAACUGAUCUAUUUAUUAUUGCAUACAGCUAUUCUAAUGUCAUUGAGGGAAUGACACUACCAGAUGUAAUAACUACUCGAGUCCCACCUAUGCUCCUUUGGAUGCAGGACCAGUACCCAGUGACCUUACCCAUUUUUAUGCCACUUACUAAUGACUUUUCUUAGUCACUUGAAAUGUUACAAUCUUGUUUCUGUCUUUAUUUUUUUUCCCAGUUCUGGAAACAAAGUACAAAUUGGGAAGGGGAGGGACCAAACAAUAAUUCUGAUUUUCUUUGGGGUCUUUCUGCUUUGAGUUGAAUCCAGUCUGUCUGUAUCUAUACAGUGAUCUUUGGAUCAUGGUAGAAAAUACAUCAAAUAGGACCAUAUGAUUUACUCUCUAACCUUAGUCAAUAAACCAGUGAGACUUUUUUUAAAAAAAAAAAAAAAACAAAAAAAAAUUAUUAUAAGCUAUCCCAAAUCCAGCAUUGUUGACUGUCAACAAUAUUUUUUAUAUCUUUUUAUCUGGAAUUGAAGGCAUUCCACAGGAUCAUCAACUUUUUUUUUUUUAGGGGGAAAAAAUACUGGUCCUGUUUUCUAAAGAAACCUUGUAGAAAAUUCUACAUUUAAAACUAUUUAUUAUUUGGAAUUUUCAACACUCUCCUGCUGCCUAUGUGUUACCUACCUUUUUCAUAAAACUGGGAUAAGAGAGUUUUGUUUGUUAAUAUUAUCUGCUUAGACUUUUUUUUUAACCUUUGAAAAUUAAAAAUCUUUUUUUUUUUAAUUCUAUGUUGUUCUACAAUGACAUUAGAUUAUGGACUGACUUGCAGUUUCAGCAGUUUAGUAGCUAUUUAGGUAGCAUACUUGUGUUUCCAGAAGAAUUUCUUCAGUUGCUGAAAAGAGGGUGAUUGUUUCAUUAUCUGAACCCUUAUGUCUAGGAGGGACUCUGUCCUGCAACGUGUAAAACAAAGCAGAUGAAUUUUUUUCUUUUCAAAGGUGGGGGGUUGGCCAAAAAUACUUUUGAUGCUGUUACUCCAUCCUCUCCAUGGAUCCCUUAAGUCCUUGUUUUAGGACUUCAUCCCUCUGAAAGGAAGAGGAAUAAAGAAAUACUUCUGGAUCCAAAGGUUUGUUCAAUGGAUCGGCUUUAAGGAAACAUGAUGCUUGUUGAUAGAUCAGUAUCUCUCAUGUUUACUUACAUGCCAGAUACCAUCUUUUACAUAUUGGGAUUAGUGUCUGUAUAGUAGUGGUAUUUCCAGGCGUCCAUUAAUGUAAAUGCGGAUUCAUAGUGGAGUUAUUUCUACAUAAUCAAAUUGGAAUUUUUUCAUUGUUUCUUUACGUCCAAAGAGAAGACUUUGUUUUUUGUUUUUUUUUUUCUUUUAAAAAAAAUCUUAAAUUAUGAUUCAAACCAUGCUCCAUGGAAGGUCUCUGUAAGGCUUCUUCCAAAAGAACAAGUGUACUUUUUUCAGUAAUGUUAUGACUCUUAAUGAUGAUUGGCAUGAAACUUACUUGAAGCAUUUGUUGUUGUUGAGUCCACAUUUCAAUGUGCAAUUGCAGAAGAAUCUUCUUUCUGAAUCAUUUUGGACAUUUGGUGGUUGAUGUUGGGUUUUGUGUAGGUUUGGCUCUUUUUUUUUUUUUUUUUAAAACAUUGUGGGGCUAGGGGAGGGUCAAUGUUUAUAUGAAACCGUUUGCAAAUUUUCAAAGCAAUCUUUAAAAAAAAAUGUUGAACUCCUAGUACACAGUCAACUUGGUAUCUUUUUAUUAGUUAAACCCAAUACUUACAUAUGUAGUUUGGACCAUUUUGACUUUUCUAACUAAAUUUUGUGGCAAAAACUCAGAAUUUGGGGAGGGGAAUAACUUUGCAUCUCUUUUAUAGAAUUGUUAUUUACAUACAGACAUUUCAUCCAUGAACUUACUAGCCAAGCACAAAGAAAAUAUAAGUAAUAUUCCAAAAGGAAAGAUGGGGAAAAUUAAAGAUAAUUACUUUGGAGAUGAGUUUAGACUCACAUUUAGGAAAUUCAUGAAUUGCCUUGAAAAUAUUGCCAAAAUGAAGAGUCUCUGAUUUGUUGUUAAAAUUGGGAAGAAUGUAAUUAUUCCCUAUUCUUAGUGACAACAAAAUGAGUUUUCCACAAAAUUUUGAUAGAAUAAGAGUCAUGCGGUGUUGAUCUUUUUUAAAAAAAGUUUUACAUUAGCUAUUUUCAUCUAAUUUUGUAUGCAGAAACAAUAAAUCCUUUUUUCAAUUA